CGAAAAUAAUGAAUGAGUCAUGAUGAGUCAUGAUAAGUCAUCAUUGAUGACCACAUCCGAUACAAAAAUGCUUAUGAUUUUAUCGCUCGAUUUUUUUUUUUUGAGUAAUUUGAUGAUCUUUGAACCGUUAAAAAAAACCGGACUUCUGUUUUGUUCGUUUACUGAUUCAUUCAAAGUGCGAAAAAAAAAUCUUUCACUUUUUCAUCGAUCGAAUUGGAUUUUAAUUGGAAUUGGAUCAAAGCGACAAUCCUUGGACAAUGAUACGAUUAAGGCAAGAAACAAAUUACCCACGAUUAUUGUAUUUUUAUUAUUGUAUAAUUCGUCUAUGAAAACAUUACCAAAUCCAAUCAUGUAAUUGUGAUGUUGAUGUUAAUCGAUUCAUUGGCAACAAAUCAUAUUUCCGUUAUAAACCACAAAAAUUCUUAUGCUCAUCACAUCAACAAUCUUCGAACGGACAUAUAAGAAUCAAAGCAAUAAUAUGUUAUUUCAUGAUCAAUAUCAUAUUGCUGUGGUUAUCAUUAGUGAUAAUGAUGAUUAUAUUCAUUAUUUUAAAAAUAUCUACAUUUUUGCUGUCAGACAACAAACAACAAAAAUUUAGAAUUCAUCAACAUCAUCAUAAUCAUCUUCAUUAUAGAUAAUAAUGAAACAAGAAGCAAAAACAGUAACAAUUCGGCUCAAAUAUUCUUUAUGGACAUUACCAUCGACAUUAUCAAUGUCGUUAUUUUUUCGUAAUAAUAAAGUGCCUUAUAGACAACCAAUCAAAGAUCACGGCAUUAUUGAUGCUUAUAUUCGCUAUCAACAUCAUCAACAAUACCGAGACCAGAAAAUAGCAAAAAAGAUGAAGAAAAAUUUGUCCGGUGACCAAAUGAAACAACAACAACAACAACAAGAACAUCGACAAAUAACGAAAAACGUAAAAGAAUCGAACAAAGUGCUUUUUUCUGUUCAUUUUGACCGAUCUUUAUUGACAAGACGGCUAUUGAAUGUUGUUGUGGUCAUUGUUAUUAUUUUGUCAUCAUUUUUACCGAAUGUCAUUUUUGUUAUUGUUGUUCUAGCUUUUUUUACAAUGAUUAUGUCCGGCUUGUUAUCGUUGUUAACAACAACAAAACACCAUAAACAACAACAGCAACAAAAUGAUUAUUUUCAACACAUUCAAUACCUUAAUCAUUGUGAUGGUGAUACAUCUAUAAUGUCCAAAUGGAAUCUUGAUGUUGUCGAUAAUGAUGGUGAUUGUAGACAUCUAGCAAUUUUCAGUUACCUUGUCGAACCAAAAAAAUGUCAUUGUAUUUGGAUAUUAUUUCAUCAAAUUAUAAAUAAUUAUGUUCAGUGUUUUGUAAGAUUUUCAUCAAAAAUCAACACUUUAUUAGUGAAUCAUCAACAAUUUAAGUGUAUGAUUGUUAUUUUUUUAAUCAUCAACAAUUUAACAUCAUUAGCAUUUGCUCAAUUCAUCAAUGGUGCUCAUCGACGUUUUUACAACCAUCAUCUUCAUCGUGAUGAUAAUAAUAAUGGCCAUUUUAGAUCAUUGAUUUCAUCAUCAUCAUCAUCAUCUUUUAAUCCUUUAAAUUCGGAUUAUAUGUACGAUUUAUUUCCACAAAAUAAUGAUCAAUCAGAUAAUAUUGAUGAAGACGAUGACGAUCAAACAGCAUAUCCAACAAUACGAGCUUUAGUGGGAAAAAGUGUUGGACUUCCAUGUAAUAUUUCACAAUCGAUACGUGAAGGAAAUUCCAUCAAACUAGUAUUAUGGUAUAAGAAUAAUAUACUUGGUUCACCAAUCUAUAGUGUUGAUGCUCGUGAUACACAAAAUCUUAGUAUAGCAAGACAUUUUCUUGCCUCUUCAUAUCAACAACGUGCUUCAUUUGAAAUGAAUCUUGCAACUAGAACAGCAUCGUUGAUUAUUAAUCCGGUUGAAGGUGAUGAUGAUGGCCAUUAUAUUUGUCGUGUUGAUUAUCGUUGGACACGUACGACUAUCAGUAAUGUACGGCUUGAAGUGAUCGUUCCACCAUAUAUGAUACAGAUCGUUCAAAGUUAUCAAUAUCAACCAGAAUCAAUAUCAAUGUUGUCAUCCAAAAUGGGCGUUGGUCAACAUGGAAUGUAUUUUCCAAAGAAAACAAACGUAACAAUUGAUUUAAAUCGAAAAAGUUUCGAAAGAAACUUUUAUUACAAUGUUAGAUCUACAUCCCCAUUCACAUCAUCAACUUACAACGACAACAACAACAAAAACGCCAAUGAAUCACCAACCCAAUCAUCAUCUUCAAUGAGACAAUCCGAUAGUGAUGCAAAUUCUGGUAUACCAACAUCACCAACAACAAUGAUAAAUGAUGUGACCAUCAUAAGACAACCAGAAUCAAGCACCUUAACGCUUAACUGUGAUUCGAUCGGAGGCAAACCAAUGUCAAUGAUAAAAUGGUAUCGUUUGGCACAAUUUGAAAAUGCCAAUCUAACCGAUGCUCAACUUUAUACGCUUCUACAAUCAUCCGAAGAAAAAAGUAUGCAACUAAUCGAUGAUAGUUACUAUCCAAUGUUGUUGGCAGCAUUACCAUCAAACGUACCUAGAUUAUUGUUUACUAAUAAUCUGAAUUUAACAUCAAAAAAUUCUGUUGGAACAAUGCAAAUGACUUUAAAUUCUGCUGCUGCUGCUGCUGUUGGAAUGUCAACGAUGAACAAAAUGAAUAAAAAUCCAAUUCGAUCAAAUCAUUCGAUAACAACAACAACAACAAAAAUGAAAGAUUCGUCCACAAUGAUUAUGGAACCAUUGUUUUUGAAAACAAUAGUAGUGCUAUAA